AUGAUAAAACGUCGAUCAGCUUGCGAGCGAUGCAGGAAUCAGAAGCUCAAGUGCAUUCGCGAGCACGGAAGUAGCAGCGAUGCCUGUCUCAGAUGCUCGCAAACCCAGGAAGAAUGCGUCGUCAGCCUACGAAAGACACCGGGUCGACCCCCCGGACGAGGCAAUUCGUCGAGCAGACGCAGUCCAACCAACAACACGCCGAUCCAGACGCCUACACCAACGCCAACACCGACGUUGGUACUCGACGAUAGUGAUUCUGUCUCGGCGACGCGAAACGGCUCAUGUACGUCGUCGUCAGAAGAUGCCCUCGAGAGUCUUCUCGAGAUGAACAUCGACUGGAGCGACAUCAACAUGUUUUCCUCGGGUGCUGGUCCACUUGACGGGAAUGAGGGGAUCCCCGAAUUCCCCAGCUCGUUGCUUAAUUACUCAGAAACAACCAGGGUCGAACCCCCACCCCCGUGCACGUCCUGGUCGGCAUCCGGAGACUCUGCCGCACCAACCGGCUUAUUUCCCUACCAGAUCCACAACCAAAAUUGCGAUCCCGGCAUUCAGCUAUCUGGACUUCAGCAGAACCUCUCCAAACACCUGAUCCAGCUACGGUCUCUAUCAUGGGAUAUCACAUCUGUUUUGAAGUUGGAAAGCGCUUCUUAUAGCCUCCAAGGCUCGGAAUCUUGGAAUCGGGCCUUUAACCCACUUGUCGCCACUUUUGAGAUCAUUUCAGAAUUUGAACACGUCCUCGCAAUAUUGCGAAGCGCCAUCAAUCGCAGAGAGCGACAGGAGGCCUCAACUCUUCCAAGAGAGAUGAACAUUUCUUACUCGUUGACUGCCAUCUCAUGUUACCUACAGCUGGUGUGUAUAUACGACAACAUAUUCUCAUAUGUUCUUGACCAAGCGUCCAGUAACCCCGCCGUCAAGAGCUUCAUCCUUGACUCCACUCCAGGGAUUUACCUGAGCGGGUUCGUGAUCCCGUCACCUAAAAACGUCCUCGGCCGAUCUUUUGCGCAAUUGAUGCAACUCAAGAUUAGCCCUGUGGAGACUGCCCUGGGGCUUCCAGAAGAUUGCCGAAUUUCAAAAGAGCCAAGCACGGAUCAGCGUUCGGAUAGGCCGUUGUUGAUGAGUGGUAAAGAGGGGCAUGCGUUACUGGCGGUGUUGAAGGAUCAUCAUGUUGCAGGAGGGAAUUCCACAAGCACGAUGGGUGUUUUAGAGUCGUUAAAAGCAAAGAUUGCAGAAAUAGAACGUUUAGAAUAG